AUGACGUGGCCGGCGGCCAAGAAGACCUGCGAGGACGAGGGAGCACAGCUGGCAGUGCCACCAGACCAGUAUGCCUUCAAUGGGCUGAGGCGCAUCUUCUCCAGUGUGCAGGGGAUAUGGUACGCCAACAUUGGAGUCACAGAUCAAGUCAGUGAGGGUAUAUUCCUGGAUAUAUAUGGCAGGCACCAAAGAGACAUGGAGUAUCGAGUGUGGAAUCCUGGCGAGCCAAACAACUACGACGGUGGGAACCCCGAAAACUGCCUGGCUUUGUCCUGCAGGAGCUUCUACGACAUGCGCUGCGACCUGGAACUGCCUUUCAUCUGCGAGAUAGCGCCCAUGUAA